AUGGAAAUUAAACAAGAAUACAAUGAAGAAGAUUAACAACCUAAAUUUAGAAGUAUAGAGAAUAAGAAAAUUUCAAAAUAACAAUAAAAAAAGAAGAUUCUAGGAUUAAAGAAAUAAAAGUUACUUGACAAUAGACCAAAUAGAAAAAUGAAAUGA